UUUAAGCUUGACACUUCGCCGCGAGCGCACGCAUACCGGAAGUGCGGAGCAAUACGGUCGUCGUAGAAGCUCCGAGAAUAAGUUUAAAGAAGAAGAGAAGAAGAAGAAGAAGAAGAAGAAAAAUAAGAGAAAGAGGAAAGAAGAAGAAAAAGAGGAAAGAAAGAAAAGAAAGGAGGAGGUGCUCGUGCUCCGGAGUGGUGCUUCUUCUUGGUCGUGGUAGUGGUGGAGGUGGUGGUCGUGCCCGAAGGUGCUAUUGCUUUUCCGGCUACUUUCGGCCCAUCCAAUAAGGGUGGAACGAACGAGAAAAAAGGACGGGCCAAGAGAAAACUUUGGCAAAAAUUUCACGGAAAAGGAUGUUGCUACGCUCGUUCUUGUUUCCACCGUCGAACAGGUGGACCUUACCUCCCGUCUUCGUUAGGACGUAUCCUUCGUCGACGUUGCCAACGUCAGAGUUAUCAUCGCCGUAAAAAAAGGAAGAAAUGUUAAGGUGUUUUCAAGCUGCGAACAAGCUCAAUCGCAAAGAAACGUACGCGAGGCACAUUAGACAAAAGUUCGAGCUGAUUUAAAAUCCUUGCUCGUCCUGUCCCUUUUAGCUCCUUCGUUCUUCUUUUCUCUCUCUCUUUCUCUCUCUCUCUCUCUCUCUCUCUCUCUCUCCCUCCCCUCUCUCUCCCUGCUCUUUCUCUUUCUUCCAUUCUUUCAGGAAGGAACACAAGUACAGUAUUUUUGAUCCAAAGAUAUAGAGAAAUAGCUCUCGGAGAUACCAAAGAGGAGGCUACGAAGAGCAAGGGUACGAAGCUCGAAGGCAAAAAUCGAAGAGAGGCUUUCGAAGAAAGAGGGGGAGAAUCGGCCGAUCGUCGCAGGGUAGUUUUCGGAACGACCCUCGAGAAAAGUAGGAGCUCUCGAAUCGGAGAGAACGUCAAAGGAGAAGCGCCGGUGCCCGGGGCGAGGAGGAGUCCUCGACGCGUGCCAGGCUGCUGAUCACAGGCACCGCGCGCGCUAAGAAGAGUAAGAGAGCGUUCGGAGCCGUAUCGGAGCGAAGCGGAGUUCGAGGGAGAGGGGGGUAGGGUAAAUCGAGGGGUCCUUCCGUUCGGGUGCUAGGGGUGUGCACCCCUGGACGAGGGCUCCCACUCGACUCUCUCUCUUUAAAGUGGGCAAAACGCGCGCGCAAAGAGAAAGAGACGUCCUCGGGGCGAUGACAGGAUGCCUUCGUCUCGACCAGCAGCAGGCCGUACCUACUACGAAGGACCUCCGGCUAGAAUCGCGAGGAAAAUCGUCGCUCGAAUCGCCGCUAGAAUCGCCCGCACCGUAGCCCUUCUUCUCCUACUCUUCGAGCAUCGUCGCGGCAGUUGUUUGAUGAGCAAUUCGGUGGACGAUUGGGUUAGCGGCAGUGCCGUCGUUUGCAACGGAAUACCUGGAUUGACGAAGGAGCAGCGUGAACUCUGCCACAGAAACCCGGACGUGACGGUAGCGGCUCUGAAGGGACUACAGAUGGCGAUAUUAGAAUGCCAGCAUCAAUUCAUGUGGCACAGGUGGAACUGUUCCUCUCUAACCCCGAGCAGCAGAACGCAACAGAGUAGCGUGCUCCUACAAAGAGGUUACAGAGAGACGGCCUUCGCUUACGCGAUAUCGGCAGCAGGAGUGGCUCAUAGCGUGGCGCGCGCCUGCAGCAUGGGAAGGCUCCUCUCCUGCGGAUGCGACCCGUCCAGCUACAAAGUAAAACCACCGGCCAAGGCAAGGGGCACCCAAUGGAAAUGGGGCGGGUGCUCUCACAAUCUCGAUUACGGCAUGGAGUUUUCGAGACAGUUCCUAGACUCGCGCGAGAAGGCCGGCGACAUACAGUCUACCGUUAACUUGCACAACAACCAAGCGGGACGUUUGUCGGUAGCGAGCAACAUGCAAGUGAGAUGCAAGUGUCACGGCAUGUCCGGUUCGUGCGAGCUCAAGACGUGCUGGAAGGUGGUGCCGGACUUUCGAAUAGUCGGCAAGACGCUCAAAGAUCGUUUCAGAAAUGCCGUCCUGGUGGCGCAAAGUAAUCUCGGAAGCGUCACGCCGUUGGCCAGAGCAAGAGGCUCGAGGAGAAGAAGACCGGACCGUCAGAGACAGAGGAAGCACCGGGAGAGGGGAGCAGGACGCAAAAGGAAACCGCGAGAUCUCGCGAAGCAGCUCUUUUAUUAUCAAAAGUCGCCAAACUUUUGCGAAAGGGAUCCUGCCGCGGACAUACCCGGUACGGCCGGACGUAGGUGCAACAAAACGAGCUCGGCCGGUGACGGUUGCGGCAGCCUUUGCUGCGGAAGAGGUUACAAUGUCGUCAGGCAAAGGCGCACCGAAAGGUGCAGGUGCAAGUUUCAUUGGUGCUGCUACGUUCAGUGUCAGAAUUGCACCGUCGAAGAGUGGAUCACCGUUUGCAAGUGAAACACUACCCGAGUUCUCGUGUUGCGAACUUUGCACGCAAAACUACCUUCGGAUUAUCAAAGAGAUCGUUCGAUGCGAUUUAUCAACGGAUCCGCGAUCCACCCCGACACAAUUCGUCGCGAAUUAUAUUAGAUAUGAAGAAGAAAAAACAAAAAAAAAGAAAAAAAAGAAAAAAAAGGAAGAAAAGAAAAAAAAAGAAAAAAAAGUGAAAACCAAAAAAAAAGAAGAAAAAAAAUUAUCGUAGAUUAUAAGAAAACUCUUAAUUUAUUUAUAUCGACGUUCUAUUUAAUUAAUAUUUAACUUUAACUUCCAACCCACUCUACAACCUCCGUCGCAGUAUUAUUAGAAUCAAGCCGUAUGCGCGAAGCGUUCGUGCGA